AUGCCUUUCUUCAAGAAGUCAAAUAAGGCGAACCUUGGGUCGACAAGCUCCGAAGUCACCCUUGUCGACGCGUCUGCCUGCCAAACGGCUGCCAAGGCGGCAUCCCAGACAACCAAGUCCAAGCACCCCAAACAGACGCCUCUGUCAAAGGAGCAGGAUAAGUGGAAUACCAUGGAAGCCAGGUUAGCGUAUAUUAUCAGCAAGUGA